UUCAUCGAAAAGUUCAUCAGUUUGUUCGGGCUUUUGCAUUGCUUCACAACUAGUUAUCCGCAGAGCUGCAGAGAGUCGAGCUGCCAUUUAAAAUCUCUCAACACAUUGCAAAAUGAAAAUCUUUCUACUAAUCCUCGCGUUGGCCGUAGCAGUGUAUGCUGAGGAGAAAUAUACGACCAAAUAUGACAAUAUUGAUGUUGAUGAAAUAUUAAAAUCUGAGCGCCUAUUUAACAAUUACUUUAAAUGUUUGAUUGAAACUGGAAAAUGUACUCCCGAGGGUAGGGAGUUGAAAAAGUACCUGCCUGACGCCCUGAAAACUGAGUGCAGCAAAUGCAGCGAGAAACAAAAAACGAACACCGACAAAAUUAUUCGUUUUAUCAUUGAUAAUAAGCCCGAAGAAUGGAAACAACUGCAAGCGAAGUACGAUCCUGACGAGAUAUAUAUUAAGAGAUACAGAGCUCAGGCUGCUGAUGCUGGAAUCAAGAUUUAGAUGCAAACGGCAACGUAUAAAGUAACAGUUUUAUUAAAUUAAGUUAUGUGCUCAAUUAAAUUGGACAAAAACAGAUACGAUCAAACUGUAUAUGUAGUGCACGUAUAUGUAUAAAUUAUUUUAUUAAAGUAAUUAUGUAAUAAAGCUUUAAAAUUGCA